CCCGCUUUCGAAGUACUUCCGUGCACAAUGGUGGCGUUUACCUUUUUGCUCGACAAAGCAGUAGAUCCUUCAUUCGUCCCUGAUAAAUCCUAUCCCGCUCCUUCUAGAGACGCAGUCGUACCGCAGUACUUCGGCGGUGUAUUGGAACGAUGGACCGGCCUUCCAGGCUUUCCAAGUCUAGAUGCGGCGGUCGGGCAGCGCUUAUUCAGGAAAACCCUUGUUGUGGCCAAUGGGCAAUCUUCUACGCGCCAAACGCGCUCAGGGUAGUGGCCUGCGGCUGUCUGACAGUGGC